CCUCGGCGGGAUUCCUUCCCCCCGACCCUCACGGCCUGACGCGGGCCGCUCCGCACCAACCCCUUUAAGCGCGGGGCUGGGGUGUGAGGGGCCGCCAUCUUGGCCGCUGAGGCCCCUCCCCCCCGUCGUUGCCGCCGCCUCAGCCUCACGAUCCGUCGCCGGGGCCUCCGCGCCGCCGCCCGCAGCAAAGAUGCUGAGUUUCUUUCGGCGCACCCUGGGACGCCGGUCCAUCCGCAAGCACGUCGAGAAGGAGCGGCUGAGGGAGGCCCAGAGGGCUGCCACCCACAUCCCCGCGGCGGGAGACGCGAGGUCCGUCAUCACGUGCCGAGUGUCCUUGCUGGACGGCACCGACGUCAGCGUGGACUUGCCGAAGAAAGCCAAAGGCCAGCAUUUGUUUGAGCAGAUUAUGUACCAUCUGGACCUCAUAGAAAGUGACUAUUUUGGACUGAGGUUUAUGGAUUCUGCACAAGUCGCGCACUGGUUGGACAACACCAAAAGCAUUAAAAAACAAGUUAAAAUUGGCCCACCAUAUUGUCUGCAUUUUCGUGUGAAGUUUUACUCCUCUGAACCCAACAAUCUCCGUGAAGAAUUAACAAGAUAUUUAUUUGUCCUGCAGCUAAAACAAGAUCUUCUCAGUGGGAAGUUGGAAUGCCCCUUUGACACAGCGGUCCAGUUGGCAGCUCAUAACUUGCAAGCUGAACUUGGAGAUUAUGAUCCUGCUGAGCAUGUCCCUGAACUGGUGUCUGAGUUCAGAUUUGUGCCCACUCAGACUGAAGAGAUGGAACUGGCUAUUUUUGACAAGUGGAAGGAAUGCAGAGGGCAAGCACCAGCUCAAGCUGAAACUAACUACCUGAACAAGGCUAAGUGGCUGGAAAUGUAUGGGGUGGACAUGCAUAUAGUCAAGGCAAGGGACGGCAAUGAUUACAGCCUCGGCCUGACGCCAACAGGAGUCCUUGUAUUUGAAGGAGACACCAAGAUUGGUUUGUUUUUCUGGCCAAAGAUAACCAGACUGGAUUUCAAGAAGAAUAAAUUAACGCUAGUUGUUGUUGAAGAUGAUGAACAGGGAAAGGAGCAGGAGCACACCUUUGUCUUUAGGCUGGAUCACCCUAAAGCCUGUAAACACUUAUGGAAGUGUGCAGUGGAACAUCAUGCCUUCUUCCGGCUCAGGGGACCUGUGCAACAAAGCUCAAGCCGAUCAGGCUUCAUUCGUUUGGGAUCGCGGUUCAGAUACAGUGGGAAAACAGAAUACCAGACAACCAAGACCAACAAAGCCAGAAGGUCAUCAUCCUUUGAAAGGAGGCCCAGCAAGAGAUAUUCAAGGAGAACACUACAAAUGAGAGCAAAUGUUACUAAACUUGAAGAAACAAGCAUUCCAAAUAAUGUUGUAAACCAAAAUAAUGGAUCACAACAAAGCUGGAAUGCAAAGCCAGCCUUGCCUGUGGUAAGGACAGCUCCUUCUGGCCCAGUCUUGGUGGAGAUAGAAAACCUGCCUCGGAGCGCCGGAGCCAACCAGCAAGACAAGUCAUGCAUGCCUCUGAUUGUUGAUUUACUAGACAGCAGAGAAUUGCUGGAAACUUGCCUUGAUGAUACCACCGGCCAACCUGGGGCUGGUUUGACAGCAGGAGCUCUAGAAGAGGCAGAUCUGAGCUUCCCUCAUCCUGGCACGAAGGAAACAGCUGCUGAGAAAACAGAGCCUGCUGUGUUCGAAGAGUCCUUACUGAAACUGAAACAGAUGGAGACAGAGCCCAGCCCACUGCCAGCGUCCCCUUCCAACAUAAACAUCAAUGUCAGCAAGCAGGAGGAGGUGGUAAAACUGACCGAUAAAUGCCUGAACAAUGCAAUUGAGAGCCCAGCAACGACACCGGUGUGGCAUCCUGCAGACUUAAAGAGCAACAUCCUGAAGGCCCAGGCCGAGGCACUGCACAAGGUUAUGAGAGACGACAGCACGUUGGGGAACAAGAGCUCAAGUGUUCAGGAUGCUGUUGCCAGCAAUCUGUUAAAUGAGGAUAAAGCUGCUGCCGUCCCCGAGGAGCCCCUGACUUCAGCUAAUCUGGCUCCAGCAGAGGAGACUGCAGUUGUAAAGAGCUCUCCGGAGGACCAGGAUGCUUUGCCAACAUCACUGACAGAGAAUCUCAUUGACUUCACAGAAGCUGUACCUCGGGUGUCUUCCCAGCCCACGAUUACACCGAGGUGGAUAGUGCCAAGCGGACUGGUUCCCAAUGGGCCUUUAGGGAAUGAUGUUGCCUUAACUCUCAAGGCAGUGAAAGGCAGCGCUGAGGCAUUGUCCCCAUCAUCCGGAUCCCCUCCAUCCCAGCGGUCAGCUGACGCUCUUGUGAGCCCCGCCACAGAGGAUCCUGCAGUCAGGCCAAAAUGUUUACUCACCACUGAACUCUGAGCAGAAGGAGAUUCACCGCUGAGAACUUGGACUUGCUGCAUUCUCCGUGGAGCCCUACGCCAGGACCGACCGGGGAUGAAGCUCUAGCUGAAUGGUGGCCCCAUGUGACCAGCUGCUUUGCCAAGAACCUCAAGGGGAAACUUUCAGUUUAUUGCAGUUCAGCUGGACUGAUGGUAUAAACUAGGAGGUAAAGCUCCACAAAAGCAUGAGCUUCUCUCUCGGGAGAAAGGAAGUAGGCACACUGGAACUAGUUCUGGGCCUGAAUAACAAAAUCUAGCAGAGAUUCUGUUCACAUUAGGCUUAGUCUAAUUAACUCUUGCUGCUUUGUAGACGUAAAUGGAAAUUGUUUUCUGUGAUACCAGCCUGUAGCUUUAUGAGAAGCUGUGGCCUGAAGCUUCAUUAUGGGACAGUGGGAGGAAUAGAAGGACUCUUAGAGCCACCUGGUGGCCAUUCUGUUAACCGGGGCUGAAAGUAAUGGCAGAUUUCUGCAGCCAGGGCCAGUCUUUUGUGUAAUGAUCCUGUUUUUCUCGAGUCAGCACAGACAAACCUUCUUGGCCUUAAUCCACUUUAUCACCGUUGCACUUUCUCUUUGGUCCCUGGAAAGAACCAAAAAUCCAGUGUCCCAGUGAUCCUUUUCCUCGCUGACUGACUGGACUCAAGCUGCUUUUUUUUUUUACCUAGGAAAAGGAGAAUUAACUUGCCCAGGAGCCUGGUGUUACUAGUGUCACAGGGAGGCCCCACAUGUUAUCUAAGACACCUUAAUGUCCUGUACAACUUGCAAAACACAUGAGAGAUAUUUUAGGGCGUAGACUUGCAUUCCAGUUUGGAUGGCUGAGAACGAAAGGCGUGAGCACAAGGGCUGCUCUGGAGUCCUCCUCUUUGUUGCGUAGUGCUCGUAAGUAAAGGACUGGAUUUCUAUUGCUGUUUCUGGGGCCGUUUCCACUGGUUGUGUUUUGUGAAUGCUCGACUGGCUGGCUCGUGGCACAAGUAUACGCACGGUCUGGUUAUUAACGUCUCCUUGAACCCUGUUCCAACCCCCUGUGCCCCUGCGGGAGGUGGAACAACAGUCACUUCAGGGCAGUUCUUUCACUCGGAGUAGGGGAAGGCAGUUGAUAAAAGGAUGGCCUGCUGCUAAGUGCUCGCCUGCCCAGGCUAGUGGUGAAAGGUUUGGCUCUAUGUACUUGUAGUAUUAGAUCCAACAUGCCAAUUGAAAGAAGCUGUUGGAGCUCCAAGCGGCAGAGUCCCCUGUUGAAACGAGAGGUGAGCGCUCGAAUACAGCGGUAAUGGGUGCUAGAGAAAAUAUGAAGGCAACGUCAAUUGGAGUCCCACAGGAUCCCAGUGGUGAGGUGAAUCCCAUGCCCUCUGUUAUCGGUGCUGUCUCCUAACAGGAAGCCCUGGUGGAAAUGAGUGGGGAUGGUGUCUGCGGUAGAAAUGAGCAGGGGAGCAGGUUUCGUCCUUGGGACUUGUGCUACAGGCUGGUGUCUGUGCACUGCUGUAUUGUAUGAAUGUUAUUCACAGACAGAAAAUGUACAUGGGAACGCUUCUAAAGAAGGAAAAUUCUCACUCACGCUGUCUCGCUCCUGCUUACGUGCUGUGUGCGCGUCUGAACGUAGGGAGAAAACACUGGACCAGUCACUGUGGUGUGUGUGUGUGAAUAGCCAUGUCCCCGUUGGCUUUCCCCCGGCAUGUGAAACGUGUCAUGGAUGCUGCUGCUGCUGCUGUAAUACUUCAGUCUGCCUGCUGCCGUACAAAUGUUGAGAAAGGACUCGGUCAUUGUGUACACCGCUCCGUGCCACUGCCGAGCACCCCAUCUGGCCUAGCAUAGAGACGAGUAGGAAACCUGAGUGACGGUGAGGACAGAGACCCAGAAGCCACCCUGGACAGACAGCGCUUCCCAGACGCUGCUGCAGGAGCUAGGGCCUGGACUCCAGGUCCUUCCUCCAUCCCUUCCUGCCCUUUGCGUUGUAGGAAAUACCGAGAAGCCGCGUGCUUGCUGAUUCCAGCACCUCACACCGCCAGCCCCUCCAGGGUCAGGUGCUCUUCUGAGCUGGCUCUGUUCCCCGCCAGUUUGAUCGUGGCCCCCGUGACCGGCAGUCACGCUUAGGCUUCUCUCUACCUUGAGAAGCCUUGCUGCAGAUUAGGCAGGACUGUUUCCUGGCUCGUGCAUCAGAAGCCUUUGUCUGGAGCAGAGCAGGUGUCGGUCUCAUCGGUGGACAGAACCGGCAGCUUUGGGUUUUUUCAGUCAAACAAGUUUUGUUCGCUGAGUCUUUGCCCUGGGCUCAGGAGCCCUUUGAAUUGUGCAUGAGACGGGGGGCCCCUUACAUAAAUGCCUCCUUUCCCGUUAUCAUCUGCGGUCAGUAUGUGGUGGGCAAAGUGUCCUCCUAAAAUUGAAUGGCUAAAGGACCUAGAGUCCGGAUUUACUAGCAGGAUGUUUACAGGCCUUGAAAAAUCUCAUAACUAGUGACUUCCAGGUGCCCAGCAUAAAAAUGCUGGAUGAAAUCCUGCCCCACCAAAGUCAGUGGCACAACACCAAGAGGUGUCAAACGGGCGAGCGAUUAUUUGACCCCCCGUUGUCAGGGAGUGCUCUGAAUUCACACCUUCAGUGGCAAAUCGGGAACCUACGAUUUCUAGUCCCUAGGAAGUUGUGGCCUGGUUCUGGGAGUAAUGCAGAUGUGAUGCUGCAUCACUCAGAUGUUAGUUAUAAAAUGGUAGAUGUAAGCACAGUCACCCAACAAGCUUGUAGGUCCCUACAUUGAUGUUGCCAUGUGACCUGUAUUUUACCUGAACAGUGUUAACAUGAAAUACUGAAACUGCAGCACCUCUAAGGUAUGAAUUGCUGCCUUUCUUGCCCACAGCAUGGAGCUCCUUUCCGUUUCCUCGUAUUAAUGGGCUGUGUGAGACUGAAGUCAGUAACAGGAAGGAACGUUAAGGAACUUCCCCUGCCAAGGGGGAGAAAGGCAGUCGUUGCCUGCUUCACUUGUAUUCCUCUAGAUCAAGUCUGCUGUCGGGGACACUGACCUCCCUGCCAAACAGUGACAAACUCCAAGAAAAUACUGCUUUGAAGACUGGGAAAUUGGUGACUCCCGGCACACUCCGGAUGUAGCACUUCUUAGGAGCCGGUGCUGAGAACUCGGGAGUUUAGUCUCCAUUUUGAUUACACAGCCAUCAACCGGGUUUCUAUUGGAAUCCAUUCAAGGUUUUACUAAUUACAUGCUAUAUAUUGUCCAUGCCCUUUACAUCAUCAGGGGUUAGUAAAAAAAAUACAAAAGCAAACAGAACUAAAGCCUUGCUCUUUUAUCAUUAGUAAUAACAAUGUCACCGCUAAACUCCUUGCAGAGGGUAGCUGGACCCUGGAACAGGCCCUGAUCAUAGGAAUGUAACUAGAUCACUGACUUGUGCAAGUUGGAUUGACUGUGUGGAGGUGACGAGUCUUACGGCUCCAGUGUUGCUUUCAUCUAGUUAGCCUGGGAGCAGCAGCUUGAAAAACCUACAAUUCGUAGAAGGGAAAUGAAUACAUCAUGUAGCGAUGCCAUCGCCGUGUACUCGUGGUCAGUCCUGCUGCCUGCUGGGAACAUCUGACCUGGAAUAUACUGGGUGCUGGGGCCUCUGAAGCUUGAACUAAAGGAUGCCCUUUAGCUGUCAGCACUAGUCAGGGGCUGAACACGGGGGACAGGAUGGAGCAGGGCUUUCUCAUUAGCCAGCUGCGAGGGUGUAUAUGCUUAAUUUAAGCAGUGGGCACUACAGCAUGUUUGUUGAAGCCAAACGUCCCCGUGCUGGGGUGUCAUUAUAUAGACAGUUUUCCGGACACAGAACUCCAGCGAGUAGAGCCCUGGCUGCUCCUGAAAGGACGUCUGGAGAGAGUCCGGGUUAAGUGUUGGUUUCUUUCCACAGACUUCUGUCCAGUCUGUUGUCUUCCUUCCUAAUUAGUCUUCUCCUGUUACCAGGCUAACGCGGUCCUGCCUCUUGCCAGAAAUGCUGUAGCGAGACCAUCCUUCCCCUUUGCAGCAGUGGGUGGCUGUUUCCGCGUUGAGCCUGUGUGGUGCAGUGGAGGUCACUGGGUAGUAACUGUGCCCCUUGGCAUUUGAAUCUCAGCUGCCAAGCACCUGGCCAUGCAGCGGGGAUGGUGUUAAUCAAGUCAGGACCAGUCCAUUAGUACUAGAAAUUCUUUGUACCCACAGCUUUUCACUAACGGCGGCGUAAUUGUCACUUUGCAGAAUAUCUUUCUUGAUGUCGAGUUAGUCAUGGAGGCAUAACCCAUGGUAAUCCGCCGCGACGGAGACACGGGUUACUCAAGAAAACUGGUCAGUUGUUAUUUAGAAAAUGUUUUCACUGUAAACCUGCCAGCUGAGGACUUGAAAAGCUGGAAAAUAAGUUCAGAAUUGUUCUGUUACUGUCUUUUAGGCUCCGGGAGUUGAUUUCUGGUCCCCAGUAGUUCUCUUUUCUUCCUGAAUUUUAAGGCUCUAAAGAAAAUUGUAGACUCAGUUACUGGAACACGUGUAGGCUGGAAUCCACUGCUUUUAUAAACGAAGUAGGUUUUUAUGAGGAGAGAAUUUCAGACAGUUUGUCAAGCCUCUCUUCCGGACUGAGACUCAGGCUCCGGCACUUGGCAUUAGUGGCAGCCUCAGCUGCGCUUGCUCGGGGUGGGGAACUGGGUAUCCCUCCGUGUACGCAGGAGGGAAAGGGAGGCCUCUCCCCCGGCGUUCCCAUCCAUGUUACGUUGUGGCCUGAGCACUGCGCUUCUCCUGUUCUCUCCUCUGUAUGUGCGAUUCCACUGGAACUGGACAAACUUAUUUUAAAGUACACAAGAGGGUUUUGGGUUUGUGUUUUUUUUAGCUAGACCUUUUUGUCAGAAGCCACAUUAAUGAUCAUGUUUUUAUCUUUUCUACGUCAAGCUUGGCAAUAGCUCCCAAUGUGUAAUUUAUUGUUUGUUUUUAUAAAGUGCACCCUCCUGCUUCACGGCUGUAGCAAUGUAUGUACUGUUUUAGGCACCGCACUGCACUGCACUGCACUGAAGUUUGUACUGUCUGUACCUGGGGGAAACCUGUGAUUUUUAGUCCACUCAGAAUUCAUGGAUUGUUUAUAUUUUAGCUCCUAAAUACACUGUAUCUGUGCAAAACA